CACGUCAUCUCCACGAAGGCGAGAGAGAGAGAAAAGUGACGGCGGGAGAGAGUCGGGCGAGCGCGAUCAGGGCAAGCGUUUGCGGCGAUCGUCACGACGAUGCCCGUGGUUCCGCCGUGCGACGGCGCGGCCCUGCGGGAGCUACCCUCUGCGCCCCCCACCGCUGCCACCACCGCGACGGCGACGGCGGCGACGACGUCCUCGGUCCCCGUGAAGGCGCCGCUCUCCAUGGAGUGCCGUGUGUGCGGGGACCGUGCCUCGGGCUUCCACUACGGGGUGCAUGCGUGCGAAGGCUGCAAGGGGUUCUUCAGGCGCACGGUUCGCAUGAAGCUCGAGUACGGGAACUGCGGCCUCAACUGCAAGAUUCAGAAGAAGAACCGCAACAAGUGCCAGUUCUGUCGCUUCCAGAAGUGCCUGCGCGUGGGAAUGUCGCACAGCGCAAUCCGCUUUGGCCGAAUGCCCGCGGCCGAGAAGGAGAGGCUCAAGGCGGAGCUGGUCGCGGCGCCGGCCGGCGGGGAGCGGAGCCCACACGACACGACGCUGCUGGGACUCGCGCACCUCGUGUACGCCGCGUACCUGCGCAACUUCACGCUCACCAAGGAGAAGGCCCGGGCCGUCCUCACGGGAAGGUCCGUGCAUUCGCCCGUGGUGAUCCACGACAUGGAGUCGCUGCAGAGCGCGCAGUCCACGCUGCACGGGCGUGCGCGGGACGGCCGCGCCGCCGAGGUGCUCGUGUUCAACCGCUACCAGCACCGCUCGGUCGAGGCCAUCCGUGAGGUCACCGAGUUCGCCAAGUGCAUCCCGGGCUUCCUGGCGCUCAACCUCAAUGACCAGGUGACGCUGCUCAAGUACGGCGUGCACGAGGCCAUGUUCACGCUGUGGUCGGCCUACAUGAACAAGGACGGCAUCCUGGUGGCGCACAGCAACAGCUUCGUGACGCGCGAGUUCCUCAAGUCGCUGCGGCAGCCGUACAGCGGCGUCAUCGAGCCCAAGUUCCAGUUCGCGAUGCGGUUCAACACGCUCGACCUGGACGACGCCGACCUCGCGCUCUUCGUCGCCGCGAUCGUCCUGUGUGGUGACCGCCCGGGGCUGUCGGACGCCCGCAGCGUGGAGGACCUGCAGGACCACGUGCUGCAGGCGUUCGCGCUGCAGCUGCGCCUGGGACACCCGCACGCUCCACGCCUCUUCGCGCGCAGCCUCCAGAAGAUGGCCGAUCUGCGGCAGCUGGUGACGGAGCACGCCGACGUGGUGCAGGCCAUCCGCCGAGACGACGCCGGCAUGGCCCUGCACCCGCUCCUCCAGGAGAUCUACGAGGACAUGUACUGAUGGAGCGGAAGGGCCCAGGGGGCCGUGGAGUGACGGACAGGUGGACAGACGGAGGGGAAGGUCGGUCCGACGGUCGGGCGGUAGGGUGGCCGGUCCGUCCGGUCUGGAUUUUUUCGCCCUCUCCUGGAGGUGGUUGUGGUUUUUUUAAUAUUCGCGACUCUCGGUGUUCAAACUGUUGGGAAAAGUUUAGUGAGAUUUGGGGAGAACGUGUCGCUCCAAGGGAUGGUUGGGGAUGGUCAAGAAUAACGAUUGAAGUGGCGGCAGAUACAUGGAACGCGUUCGAGAGGUCGUUCGACAGGUGGAGAUGGAGCGAUGAAAUCAGCUCGUGUGCAGGCGUUGGGUGGACUGUUGCAUCCCAGGAUCAUGAGAGAUGGCGGCGGGUUUGGCAAGGCCUUCAUCCAGCAGUGUGUUGACCAAGGCUGAUAAUGAAGAUGUUUGUGAGUAGAAUACGUUUUUUGGAAGAGAAAUACACAAAAGACAAAUAGUUCACUACUUUGUCUUUUAUCAACGUGACACUUUUUUUGCUGAUUGGACGUGGCGGGUGGUGGAGGGUUACGACACAUUUUUUAAUAACGUACUCUAACCCAAAAACGUUUAUUACGAAGAAAAAAAAACACGUUGUAAAGCUGCUUUUUUUUUGCUCACCUAAGUUUUCUAACGGCCGGUAGGACCUUGCAUGCAGGAUUGAGAUUCGCAGACCCCCUGUGUGCAAGGGUACUGAACGGCAUCUCACGGGCCCAAAGUUCCAGCACGUGAAACCCAUUACAGAGCCAAGAGUUUGAUUCUAUUUUGUUUCCAUUUGCGUUGCAUAUUUACGGCUCUUGUCAAAUCCACACUGCUGGAUGAAGAGGUGCCCUGGUGGCUAGGAGAUGUUAACUGCCUCGCCUGGUAUACAGGAGGUCGUGGGUUCGAUCCCGAUCCUACCACCUACUGUAUAUUUGGAGUUUGCAUGUUCUCUCUUCCCGUGGUCGCGUGGAUUUUUCUCCGGGUCCUCCAGUUUUUCCCACCACAUUUAGAAUCAUGCAUUUAGAGUUUUUGGCUGCAAUAAAUGUCCACAUGAUAAGCCACUAAGUUGAGCUAUCAUUUGUGGCCAGGUCGCCUCUGAAAAAGAGCUAAGUAACUCAGUGGGUCUUAGCUGAUAAAAAAAAAUCGUUUAGUUUUGAAGGCCUCUGCCACCCUGUCUCAGUCAAGGGGGUUAUUCUAACCAUCCUUCACCACGCUGCAUGUAAUCAGAAAGACGGUGGAUACUGACAAAGAAGAUAGCAAAAUGCUGAAAGGCGCACAGAGAAGCGUGCAGCAGAUGUGUGCUGGGAAUUGCACUGAGAGACAGGAAGAGGAGCGUACGGAUCAGGAAACAAACACAAUCGUCACUGACUCUUAAUAAAAGCAAGUGGGGUCGGGCAAGGCACGUGCCCCUAGAAGGGAUGACAGCCGAUGGACAAGACCGGCGACGCAAUGGCAUCCAAAGGGGUGAAUAUGCCUCAAGGUGAGACCACUGCAACAUCGAGCAAUGAGAUGAAGUUCAUGUGCAGCAGGGGCGAGAGACGGACUGUGGCAUCGCAGGACCUUGAGGGAUGGUGGUGGAACGUGGAGGGCCUUCGUCCAGCAGUGGAUUUGACAAUGCCCCUUGACGACGAUGAGUGUGUGUGUGUAUAUAUCCACAAUACGUCUUACUAUACAACACGCACUUGCUGACACAAGGUUUAGUAAAACCUCGAUAGAAUGCUUUUCAGAUGAUUGGCCAAGGUGAAUGUGAGUUGUGGGGAAAUCAUAAAACCUGGGAACAUUGACUGCAAUUGAGUCAAUGGGGAAUGCUUUUGGGGCGUCCUUUGAAAACGUUAUGUUAGAUACAGGAAUAUGCAAAAAGCUUUUUUUGUUUCCUAUAAACCAUUUUUACUGCGCGCCAGACCACAAGUUCCGGCUGCCGAGUAUUAAAAAUCGUAGCCAUUACGUAACGUUAAUAAAAUAACACGCACAAUGGCUUAUUGUUUUUUUUUUACGCAGCCAUGCUGCAUUCGUAAUAAGCAGUUUGGCUACGUUAAACGUGUUUACAUAAUCAUAAUCAACGUUUUUGGGUUUAGAUCGCGUUAUUUAUAAAUG